UUAUAUCUACGAUCUUGGAUGAUCAUAUGAAUGUUGACAGACGUUUUAAAGCAACUACGAAAACUAUCAUCCUGUGUAAUUUAUAUUGUAAAGCGAAUAUUUUUGUACCUUUUUGAAUGUACGACAUAUCGAAUCCUUUAGGAAGAAUUGUGAAUUUCUUUCAUACAUUUUCGCAAAAUUAUGGAAAGUGAACAACGAUAUUAUGAAUUACGAAGUGGAAGCAGGUCACGUUCUAGAACUCCUUUGGUACAAAGCUGCACAUCAAUUGAACCAGAGACUUUAGAACACCAUUAUGAUUUAAGAAGUAGAAGUCGGGAAAGAUCUUGUACUCCUGGAGAUGUUGCAAACAAUAGACAAUCCGGUCCAAGAAUUUUACCUAGUAGCAGCAGUAAAGUAAAUGACCAAAGUGUGGAUACCAUGGUAGAAAGGAAAAAAGUUGUUACAGUUGAAGCAAUAUCAGAGGGUGAAAACAAGCGACUUGAAAAUUCUACAAAGAGAGCAGAGCGUCGAUCGGAACGGCAGAAAACAAAGAGGCAAAUAUUUGCAAAUGGUCAACCUGACAAUAAAGAAAAUUUAUCAGGACCUAAAAGUAUCUCUCCACAUAGGACUUUCACUAGUGAUUAUUCUUCAGAAGAAGCAGAACAUGGGGAUUUGUCAAAUAAACCAUGUUCAGCACAUGAAAUUUAUAAGCAAGCUGGUGAUUGGUGGAAUGUAUUUCCUAAAACGGAUUACACCUAUUCUGAAAGGUCUAAUUGUCGUUAUGAAAUAGCGCCAGGUAUAUUGGCAAUGCCUAAUAUGUCACGACGUUCUAUUCAUUCAAACAUGGAAGAUUCUAAUCGAUUUUUGCACGGUUCAUCUGAGCGUGAUAUUCAUGAAUCAACAAACAUUGAAAAAAAGAAGGGAGUAAAAGCAGAAAAUUGUACACUCAUUAAUGAAUUAUAUGGAUCUCGUGUGCCAAGUUCGGAUGGAAAAUCCAAGGUUCAGUAUAUGAAGACUCAUGUAGAGCAAUAUCGUUGUCACAGAGAAGUAAUUUAUACAGAACCCAAAGAUUCGACGAACUCACAAACAAGGCAUUUGUUACGUUCUGAUUUACCGGCGAAAUUUACUGAUUCCCGAAAAUACAAUAUCACGUCUACCGUCGAUUCUGAUGUUGAAUUAGAAGAAACAAUUUCGAAUAACCAUAAUCAAAGGAGCAAAGUAAUACAACAAAUCAUGAGUUUUGUGUCAGUUAUUCUCGUAUGGUUUAGUAAACUCCUUGAAUUUCUGAAGCUCAAGACAGUUAAAAGAAGAGAAUAUUCGACUAAUGAAUAUCAAAGACAUGAAUCUAAAUGGUUAGAAAUUUGGGAACGUAUCGAUCAUUGUUUGCAAUAUAUUUAUCUUUUUAUGGUCAAAGUGUUCUUCUUCGAUUCAUGGUUAUUGAGCCGUAUAUCCAGUAUCAGAAGAUGGAUUCAUGAGGGAAGCCCAAAGGUUUUUUGGGUUGCCUUACUGCCCUUGCUUCUUCUUAUUGGUUAUUGGUGUUUACCACAACUUUUAACGCUUUUCUCUUCAACUAAAGUUAUUACACACCAAUUUGGAUUUGGAUCGGAGUUAAUUGCAAAUGAUAAGCGAUUAUUUGCAAAAGAAGAUAACUUUGAGUCUAUUACUGACAAAUUACACAGUAGAAUCAAUAACUUAGAGAAUCAAGCUACUGAACAGUCUGAUCGUAUUUUUAACAUAACUCAAGUGCUCGAGCGGCUAAAGAAAAAAGAAUAUGUUUGGUCGAAGUAUGACAAUGAAAUAUUACUCUUGGAAAAGAGAUUAGAGGAAUAUAAAUUAGUCGAUGUGUACGCUAAAGAGAUUGAUAUUAUUAAAUCGCAACUGGAAAGAUUGAAAAAUUUUUAUUCGGAAUUAAAAUUGUGUUGUAAUGCAGAUAUGAAUCAUAUUACUAGCGAAGAUUUGGAAAAGCAUAUCGAGACUGUCUUAGACGAAUAUUUUAAUGCAUUAAUAUUGAAAGCAGAAAAAGUUAAAGUACGAGAUAAAUCAUGGAUUGCUAAUAAUAAUGUUAUAACGGAUGAUCGUGUGCGGGAAAUAGUUAAGGAGGCCUUAAAAAUAUAUGAUGCGGAUAAAACGGGACGCGUUGAUUAUGCUCUAGAAUCUGCUGGUGGUCAAAUUAUUAGUACACGUUGUACACAAAGAUAUGAUAUAAAAACUAGAGCAUUCAAACUGCUAGCUUUUACACUCUAUCAUGAAAAUAAUAAUCCCCGCACCGUGAUACAAGGAAAUCCAAUACAACCAGGCGCAUGUUGGGCAUUUCAAGGUUUUCCAGGAUACCUAUUAAUCAAGUUACGCAGUUCUAUUUAUGUUACUGGAUUUACCGUUGAACAUGCACCAAAAUCGAUUUUACCUAAUGGAGAAAUGAAAAGUGCUCCUAAGAAAUUUAACAUUUGGGGUUUCAUCGAUGAAAAUGAUACUGAACCUGUGUUGUUCGGCGAUUAUGAAUUUACAGCUUCGGAUGAUAGUUUACAAUACUUUCCAGUUAAAAAUACAACAAUCAAGACUCCAUAUGAAUACGUGGAAUUAAGGGUACAUAGUAAUCAUGGACAACUUGAAUAUACAUGUUUAUACAGAUUUCGCGUUCAUGGAAAACCGGUCUAAAUGGUUACCGACUGACAAAUUAAGUGCAAAUUUUUUGAUCAUUAUAAUUGUACUGAUAAUGUAGCAGGAGCAGAUUUGCAAUUCAAUUCAUAUCAGUGAAUAAACGAGAUAAAAACGAAUGCAUGGUGAAAUGGGAAAGAAAGAGGGUGCCUUGUGACUGUGUACAUGCGACUGUGUGUAUGUGUGUAUGUGUGUGUGGGGGGGGGGGGCGAGAGCCGUUUUAUAUAGGUGCCUUUGAUUAUUCCUCGUAUCAAUUUACCAUCACUGUCUAGAGAAAGAUUUAUUUUCUUACGCGUAAUCAUACGUAAGACAAAUAAGGCGAACGUAAGUUACCGUUACCAUACGUAGACAUAUAGUAGCAAUAUAAUGUCUAAUCGUUUGUAAAGAGAGUCGAUUACUUAAUAAUAUUCUUUCAUUGUAUGUGUGUUUAUGCUCCGUCUUCACAGUUUUAUCGUUAAGCACAAAUGAAACAACUGUUUUCGGUGAAAUAUACAUAAAGCUACAUCAUAAUCGAUUUUGCGUAGGGAUAGUUAUAUGGAAAUGAGAACAGAUAAGUCAAAUUGUAAUUUGAGGGAAAGGUCAGUGUUCCAAAUAUUAUCCAAAGUUCAAUACCAUAAUGUUUGUGAUACCGUACAGUUGUAGAAUUAAUGCGGCAGUACAAAUUGUAAAGGAGUGAAGCCGUGCCUAAUUUUAGGUACAUGUGCAGUGUUUAUACGAUAAUCUUGAUUAUACUAAUGCGUUUUAUAGAAAUCUAGUAUAACAUAUCUGAUAAUAUAUUUGGUUAGCGCAUAUACACCGCUGUGCGCAUAUUAUGUACAUAUGCACAUAUAUUGUACAUGUAUGAAAUAGUAAAAAAUAUAUUGUU